UUAAGGCAGUAAAAAUGUAAAAUGAAUAUGGCUGGCUGGGAUUGGAAGUCCGGGACCUCCUGAGGCAACUGCACUCAACCGCCUUCAAUUACAUUUUCUCCAUUCUCGUUUGUUCCCCAAAAUUAAACACAUACACCACCGCUCACCGGAACCACCGCCGCCGCCGCCGCUUCAGCUUCCUUUACAGCCAGAUUAUGCUCUCGACUUCCGGUGAUGCUUUUACUUUCACCUCGCAGAUUGAAUAAUUUUGGAUUCGUGGAAGUUUUUGGGAUUACUGAGUAUGGACGGAAUAUAUGGACUUGAUUCGCCGGUGGGAGAGGAGUACGGCGGCAAGGUCUUAGUGAUGUCUCCGGAUAAUCUGAUGGUUGCUGCUGGGGAUUAUAAUCAGUAUCAUUGCCAUUCCAUGAUCAUUCCUUCGGAGGAUUUUCAUCGCCGGAUGCCGGCGUUUGGAGCGGAGGAGGUGGGCUUUCAGUGCACCGCAGCGUCACAAUCGGCGGCUUCGGUUCAUGUCCAGAAUCAAGGAGAGGGAGAUGAUCGAGACGAGGAGGCUUCCACUGUUAUCAAGGCCAAAAUUGCUUCUCAUCCUUCAUAUCCGAGAUUACUUGAAGCCUAUAUAGAUUGCCAAAAGGUAGGAGCACCUCCCGAGAUUGCGUGUUUGUUGGAAGAAAUCAAGCGAGAAAAGGACUUGUGCAAUCAAGAUUCAGUUUCAGCUAUGUGCUUGGGAGUCGAUCCAGAACUUGACCAAUUCAUGGAAACUUACUGCGACAUAUUGGUGAAGUACAAGUCGGAUCUGUCGAGGCCUUUUGACGAAGCAACUUCCUUCCUCAACAAGAUUGAAGCUCAGCUCAGCAAUCUUUGCAACGAUGCGGCGGGAUUGUCGUCAGACGACGAACUCUGCAAAGACGACAAGACAGCAAUUCUGGACGAAGGCGACAACAACAACAACAACGCGGCGAUGAAGAGUGAAGAUCGGCAGCUGAAGGAGCAGCUGAUGCGAAGAUACGGAAGCCACAUUGGGAGCCUCAAGCUGGAAUUCUGCAAGAAGAAGAAGAGAGGGAAGCUUCCGAAGGAGGCGAGGCAAUCGUUGUUCCAAUGGUGGAACAAACACUCCAAAUGGCCUUAUCCAACCGAAAGCGAUAAGAUUGCGCUGGCGGAGUCAACGGGGCUGGAUCAGAAGCAAAUAAACAACUGGUUUAUUAACCAGAGGAAGCGGCACUGGAAGUCGCCGGAGAAUGUGCAUUUGGCGGUGAUCGAUAGUCUCUCUGCCGCCGGCGGACUGGAAUGAAUGAAGGUUUCAGGUAUUCAAGUUAUAAAUUUGAUGCAGAUGAUCUGCGGUGUUGCUCUGUUAAUGUAUGUGUGUGUAUGUAAAUACAUAAUAUAUAUAUAUAUAUAUACUGCAAAAUUUUAAUUUAUCUUUGGAAUAAAUUUCAUUUCAAUUGA